AUGUCCGCAGCGGGUGUCACCGUCAGCGGCACCUCCGAUACUUCGAUUGCUCCUGCACCCUCUCAGUCCGGUACACAACCGUUCGUGGCGGAUUCGGAGGAAUCGGCAGGUCCUGCCAGCAAUGGGAAAGAAAACGUGAAGGCUCAAGGGACGGGGGCGGGCUCUGCUCCAAACGCAAAACCUCUAGCCUCAGCCGCAGAGCCGGAGCUGGACGAUUUCGGUCUCCCUAUUCGACCGCGGUCGCAACCUCAGCGUCCGUCAGUGGAAUGUGCCGACGAAAACGAUGACCAUGCCCCCCGCGAACAUCGACACCCGCGACGGAAACAGAAGCUCCAGAAACCAAACCAAAGUCCGAAACUGGACAUGGUGAACCAGCGGAGCCAAAGUCCACGCCUGAGCCUAAGCAUGAAACCCAAGGACCGCAGACAGAGGAUUCAAGGAAAGGUCAAGAAGAAUAUUCUACGGAAACAACUCGCCCAGCCUCCAAAUCGCUUGGCUAUCAGAUCCCGGAAUGGUCGCAUAUGCAUUUCGCUAAACAUGAUAGGCCACAAGAGAAUGAGGAGGAAGAGGAGGGAAGAGGAUGAGUGGAAAGACAUGCCUGCAUUGGGAGAAAUGGACUACUACGAUGACUACGGUAGACUGGUAGCCCGUGGCUCCCGAGAAGAGGACGACGAGGCUGUGUAUAGUGGACUGGGCGGUGCUGGAAAGGGCUAUACUCGAGUCCAGCUUGACGAAGACGCUCAGUCAGCCAAUAGCUUGGACGAAGAUACCAGCUACCUUUUCAAAGAGGGUGGCCAUAAUUCUGCAGGGCUGGUCGGCGAGGAACUUCGCGAUACCGUGAGCCAACUCCAAGCAACCAAAGAUCUUCUUAAUGAGACCCAGAAAAUCGCAUAUGUCGGAGUCGUUCGACUGGCCGUGUUCGCGAUGAAUACCGAGAUCAGUGAAAUGCGAAUCACUAAGGCCACGAAGAAAACAACUUUCAAGGCACAGGACUCUAUGCGGAAAUGGGGGCAGGCAAUGAUGGGCCGUCUUUACGCGCACAUGGACAUCAAUCCGGCCGAGCAAGUCAUGAUCGAGCAGCUUGCCGAGCAUGGAGUGCAGCCUGAAGAUUUGAUCAGACCUCUCAUGCAAAAUGCCCGCGUGAAGAAUCCCAUGGCCGAUCAAAGCGCGGGCAUGUCCAGUCCUUCUGUAUCAUCUCCAACCUCUCCAACCUCAAAAUUUGAUCCUCAAUCGCGGGCGUCCACCGAGACAGCAGAGUCUGAAUUCGACGCACCUCCUCCUUACGAAGAACAUGAAGAUGAAGACGCAGUUCCGGAAGUCCACACUCCAUCCCAGAUGCCAAAAUCAGACCAGAUUGAUAUCGAUCUCCGGUGGACCGUCCUGUGCGACCUCUUCCUUGUCCUGAUUGCGGACUCUGCAUAUGAUGCUCGUUCCCGAUCUCUUCUGGAAAGAGUGGGAGCAGCAAUGGAUGUGACAUGGCUCCAGAUCUCCCGAUUUGAGAAACGUGUUACCGAUGCAAUUGAAAUGCAAGAGCAAACCGAGAAGGAGAACUGGGAUGAAUCAGAGCACAUGGAGAAGCGCCGGCAGAUGUCUCGGAAAACCAAAUACAUGGUUAUGGGCCUCGCAACGGUCGGUGGUGGUCUGGUCAUCGGUCUGUCUGCUGGACUUCUGGCUCCUGUGAUUGGAGCUGGUCUGGCAGCUGGUCUGACCACAGUUGGUAUCUCUGGAACCAGCGCAUUUCUGGGAGGUGUUGGUGGAACGGCUCUUAUCGCCUCUACUGCCAGUAUCAGUGGAGGUGCGAUUGGGUUGAAAGCUGCAAAUCGACGGACGGGAGCCGUCCAGACGUUCGAAUACCGGCCCUUGCAUAACAACAAAAAGCUGAACUUGAUUGUCACGGUAUCUGGGUGGAUGACCGGCAAAGUUGACGAUGUCCGACUUCCAUAUAGUACUAUAGAUCCUAUCAUGGGCGACAUCUACUCCGUCCUCUGGGAGCCAGAGAUGCUGCGCAGCAUGGGUGACACAAUCAACAUCCUUGCCACAGAGGCACUUACCACAGGUCUGCAACAAGUCCUCGGCAAUACUGUUUUAAUAGCCUUGAUGGCCUCUUUACAAUUGCCACUGGUUCUUACGAAGUUGGCGUAUCUUAUAGACAACCCUUGGACCGUUUCAUUGACUCGAGCUCAGUACGCAGGCCUUAUCAUGGCAGACUCUUUGCGCGAUCGAAACCUUGGCAAUCGGCCAAUCACUCUGAUUGGAUUCUCACUGGGGGCGCGUGUCAUUUUCUAUUGCUUGAAGGAACUCGCUGAGAAGGGGGCCCAUGGACUUAUUCAAAACGUCUACCUCUUUGGCUCUCCGAUCGUGGCCAAUAAGGAUGACUAUCUCAAGGCGCGCAGUGUGGUUUCUGGUCGAUUCGUGAAUGGGUAUUCUACGAAUGACUGGAUUUUGGGCUAUCUUUUCCGAGCUACCAGCGGUGGUAUUAUGCGUGUCUCUGGCCUCGCGCCCGUUGAGGGUAUACCGCGGCUGGAAAACGUCGAUCUCACCAAGAUUGUUAAUGGCCACAUGGAUUACCGUAGUGCCAUGCCGCGUAUUCUCAAAGAAGUUGGCUGGGAAGUGCUGGAGGAUGAGUUCGCGGAAAUCGAGGACCCAGAUCCAGACAACCAUGCCGAGCGUCAGCGUGAGCUGAUCCGGGAAAUCGAUGAAGCCCGCCGAGAGGCGGAACUGAAGCCGGAGAAGAAGCGCUUCGGUCUCUUCAAACGAGGCAAAAUGGCCGAGAAGAAGUCGUGGGAAACGUACGACGUUAAUAAAGCAUCAUCGCCGCAGGAGGCGAAUGAUCCCACCGCGGCGCCGGGUUCGGUCCUAUUCGAUAUCGAAGCCAUCCGUUCGGAGCUCGCAUCGGAAGCCAUUGAGGUGAAACAGCUGGAGUCGACGCUCCCUCCUAUGAAGCUCGACUUGAACCCUCCAUCAGAGUCUACCCCGAUCACGCCAGCAAAGGAAUUCAGGCCUGAGCCUCCCCCCAGUUGCCCGGACAGCAUCAGAACCGAAACUGACCACCACGGCUUCCUCCCUCAAUGA